AUGGCAACUCGAAAGAAGUUAGUUAUCGUCGGGGACGGAACCUGUGGAAAGACCUGCCUCCUGAUCGUCUUUUCCAAGGACGAGUUCCCAGAAGUCUACGUCCCAACCGUCUUCGAGAACUACGUCGCCGACAUCGAAGUCGAAGGCCGCCAGGUUGAACUGGCACUGUGGGAUACCGCUGGCCAGGAAGACUACGACCGACUGCGUCCUCUCUCUUAUCCCGAUACAGACGUCAUUCUUAUGUGUUUCUCGAUUGAUUCGCCAGACUCGCUCCAAAACAUUCCCGAAAAGUGGGUUCCCGAAGUGAAGCACUUUUGUCCCAACGUUCCUAUCGUUCUCGUCGGCAACAAGAAGGACUUAAGAAACAGUGGCGGCAAGUUCGUUUCAACACAAGAAGGAAAUCAAAUGGCGACCAGGAUCGGUGCUACUUCCUACGUCGAGUGCUCCGCUUUGACUAAAGAACGCGUGCGAGACGUGUUCGAAAUCGCGACCAAGGCGUCGCUGAGCAGAAAGCGCCAGAAAAGAAGAAAGCGUCGACCUGCACGACACUCUAACAGUCUGUUAUUUUCCCCGGCGAUCGUCGUCUCUCUCGAUCGUCCUCUAAAAACACGAACUCACCUACCCACCACCACCAUCGGCUCCAGCAGGAAAACACACAGCAACUGGAAUAUAAAAAAACUCCUUUCUCGUCUCUGCGCUACUAUGUGA